CAAGGAGAAGAGCAUCCCUCCAGCCCUGACCUUUCUUCAGCUGUUUACACUGCUGAGCUGCGUCAGGAUGAAGAAGACACCAUUUGAUCCCUCCCAGAGUGGUGAGGGGAGAAAGGCAACAACGAUACGCGAUACGAACAACAAUAAUGACUCUGAUACUGGUGAGUGUGAGGAGGUGUCUAUUGACUAGUGCUGCUACAUAGUACAAUUAUUUAGGCUUCACUUGGAGGAAAUGUUUCACUUACAGGCUCUGACUAUUCUGCAGGUGAUGUGAAAAGGAUCAAGGACAAGAGUAAAGGAAAGGAUCGGAAAGAGAAAGUUUGGAUUGAAGUUAAGAAAUCUCAGGACCACAAACGCAGAACCACACCGGAAACAGAAAAAUACAUUAAACAAAGAUCUAACUCGGUCUCCCCUGUGGAGAAAGCAAAGGAGACCCAGCAGAAAGAGAAGAAGCAGAGCAUCCAUCCAGCUGUGGCGGCCCUGCAGCUGUUCACUCUCUUCUGCUGUGGAGGGAAAGUCAAGCUGAAGAAAACUCGUCCCUCUCAGCACAGACAGAGUAAAAAGGACCAGGACGAAGAUAAUGCAUCUGAUACUGGCUCAGACUGGUCUGGAGGAGAUGUUACAACCAAAAGGUCAAGGACAAGAGUAAUGGAAAGGUAGGGAGGGAGAAAGACUGGACUGAAGUCCAGCUAUUGAAAUCAUCUCAAGACCAUGAACCCAGAAGUACAACACCAGAAACAGACAAGGGAACUAAUUUGGGACAAAGACUGAACUCUGUGAGACAAGCAAACAUGCUGUAUCAUAUUUUAUUGUGAGCAAAAGAUCUUUCCCAUAAUGUUUUAUCAUUGGGUAUUGCAAUUGUCUUAUGCAGGCAAAUCAAAGGACACCCCGGCAAGUGAAGACCCAUGUGGAGAAAAUGUACAUAAGUCCUGACUCUCCGACUCUACCACGUGCCCACAGCUCCCUCUCCCAGUUCUCCCUGGCUAGGAACCUGGCCAUCCUCCCACUGGAGUGGCAGCUACCUGGAGUCCCUCUGACCACCUCGUCUAUGGCAACUAGGACAGAGAGAAAGCCAUCCACUACCAACACUUCGACACAGGCGCAGACAGAAACACAGACAACAGAUAUGAACACAGACACACAGACCACUGCCACCUCUCAGAGACAGAUCUCCAUGGUGACCACCCAGUCAUCAGAGACCAUGACAGAGGUUCACACAUCAGACUCAAGCACCCAGAACUCCACUCCUGACAUGGCACUGACCCCUGAGAGCACUAAGGACAUGAUCGCUACUUAUGAGGAUGUGAAGGAUGACUCUGCUGAAGAUUUGAUCUCCACCCUAACAGACACCUCUAUGGAGAAAUCCGUCAGUGAGACCAGCCUGAAAGCCCUCAUCGCUGAGGAUGAGGAAGAUAACAAUGAGAUGAAGGAUAUGGCUGCCUCCGCUAGCCCUGCUACUGAUAAUGCCAAUGAGGAUGCAAAGCUACUGGAGCUACUUUAUUAUUAUUAUUAUUAUUACUUUAUGACUACAUGUUGACAGUGGAGACCGAGC